UGGGUCUCCUUUCGCUGCCCACACAGUGGAUGCCACCUGGUCCGGUAACUCGCUGCGACUCCAGGCCCUUUGAUGACUUCUUGAAGGCUCCGCAGCCACGCACAUAUAGUCAAAAUAGUCCCGCCUCUUUGAUGUCCAAAACGGACUGUGUGAGGGAGAAACCAACCAACGACGGAGGCUGGGAAAAAAAACCCUCCGUACACCCAUCACCGGAGAGCAUCACUCUGCGCUCCGCCGAUCAUCUGUCCGGUGUCAGGUUGGAUGGAUCAGCCUUUGGGCGGGACACGGCAGCCAGCUGGAGAAGUAAAGCAGCCCAGAGACUGACGGUUCAGACAUCAGUGAGUGAAACGUCUUUGGUGGGAGCAACAUUGGGAAACAUCCGCACUGUAACAGCAUGCACGAAAUUCCCACAGCAGCUCUUGGAGGAGCUGAGGGGAGAACACGUUAGGAGACUCGGUUAGUCCCAUUGCACGGAGCAGGACAAAGCGGUGUGAGUGAGUUUCUGCUGCGGUGAUAGCUCCCAGACACACAGCUCAACAGAAGCUCAGCAGAAUGCAAACAACUAGGCUGCAGAAGACAAUUUAAAACAUCUCACAGCCAACUGCGUCGGGUAGUCUGCUGCGACUGGACUGCAACCAUGUAGCCACUUUCUUUUUUUUUUUUUUUUUGCAUGCAAGACACUUUGAGGAGUAGCUGUGGAAGGCUGUGAGGUGAACUCUGGGUGCGAGGAAACCAGAAACAGCACACACACACACACACACACACACACACACACACACACACACAGAGAGAGAGAGAGAGAGAGGUUUAUUUACGCUCGUCCCGUCCACGCUGCUUAUAGUUUCUGCACACUCCAGCCAAAUAAUGGCAAGACUACGGAGGAAAGCUUGUAUAGCUCUCUUUCUCUUUACACUGUUCGUCUUUGGGACCAUGAUGGGACUGAGGACCCUGAAGCCCACCGACGGCUUCUCAGAUCUGGCUCCGGGCUUGGAGCUGCUGCCGAUGAUAGGGGGGAAGAUGGACCGUCGCUCCGUGUCCCGUGACGCCACCGCGUCCCCGGGUCAAGCCCGCCCGGCUGGCAGCAACACCAAAGCAGUUUUGUCCAACUCCGGCCCCGAAGGGAAUAUAUUUUAUGAUGUUCAUAUUUUUUACUACACCUGGUACGGUAACCCGCAUAUGGACGGUAAAUACAUUCACUGGGACCACAUCCUCGUUCCACACUGGGACCCCAAAAUCGCAUCCAGUUACCCGAGAGGGAGACACAUGCCUCCCGAGGACAUCGGGUCCAGUUUUUACCCCGAACUCAAUCCGUACAGCUCGAGGGACCCUGACGUGUUGGAGUCCCACAUGGAGCAGAUUGGAGCAUCUGCAGCAGGGGUUCUGGUCCUGUCCUGGUAUCCUCCCGGCCUGGCUGAUGACAACGGGGAACCUGCUGAGGAUUUGGUACCAGCUGUACUGGAUGCUGCAUAUAGACAUAACCUCAAGGUGGCAUUUCACAUCCAGCCAUACAGAGGACGAAAUGACCAGAGUGUGCAUGACAACAUCAAGUAUAUCAUUGACAGGUACGGUGACCAUGGAGCCUUCUACAAGUUCACUUCCAGCACAGGGAAGAGUCUUCCUCUAUUUUAUAUCUACGACACCUACCUAACUCCACCAGAGUCCUGGUCUGAAUUUUUGACUCCCACUGGCUCCCACAGCGUGCGAGGCUCAGCCUAUGACUCCAUCUUCAUUGCCCUGAUUGUGGAGGAGCGCCACAAGCACGACAUCCUCGCAGGUGGCUUUGACGGCAUGUACACUUACUUCGCUUCCAACGGUUUCUCCUUCGGCUCCUCUCACCAGAACUGGAAGGCCAUCAAAGCUUUUUGUGACGGCAACAAUCUCCUUUUCAUCCCCAGCGUUGGGCCUGGUUAUAUCGACACAAGCAUCCGGCCUUGGAACAACCACAACAUGCGCAACAGGGUGAACGGACGUUACUACGAGACGGCCCUGCAGGCAGCACUGAAUGUGAGGCCAGAAAUGGUCACCAUCACAUCUUUUAAUGAAUGGCACGAGGGGACGCAGAUAGAGAGGGCCGUACCCAAAAAAACAGUGACCCGUGUGUACUUGGACUAUCAGCCACAUGGACCUGAUCACUACCUGGAGCUGACCCGCCGCUGGGCAGAACAGUUCAACAAAGAGAAGGAGCAGUGGCUCAUGUGAGCUUUCAUCAAACUGACUUGAAACGGCAUGCUCUUGUGGAAGUGUGUGUACACACAGAAGAGAAAGAACAAAAGGGAGUGAAUGUAGAGUGAUCAGUAUAGAUUUGAGUGCAUAAGGACAUGCUUUUACCUUUAAUUGACUGGAUAUGAGACUUCCUGUGAGUGAGUGCAUUUGUGCAGGGAUGCUGAUCUGCAAGAAUAGAUCCCGUGUUGGUGGUGUAACUGUCUUGAAGUUUUCAGGUAAAGCAGCAUUAAAGGGUUAUUCUUGGGAACUUCCAUUGACAGCCCAGACUUCUAAAAUGCUCUGUAAGGUGGUCCCUGACCUCUAUUCAUUUAAUGAUUUUCUCAAAUACGCUUCCUGAGAAACUCCUGCCUGAGACAUUCAUAAAUACUGUCACCAUGUAAA